CAGUCAGUUGGCUGUCGUUUCUCGUCCAGAACAGUUCAUUGUCUAAAUCGCUCAGUUCACCACCAGUUUCAAGGUUCCUCAAACAAUACGACUCACAAAAGUGUUUCGUGGUCAUAUUUUUAUAAAUAUGGACAACCCCACCUUUCAGGCAAACGACGAACUCGAUCUUCAUCAACGAAAAGGAGGUGCUGAACAGCCUCAUCACAGCCUCAUCAAAGACACGGUCGGAAGAGUUAGCGACAGCGGGACAUCAACGCCAACUUCCAACGGAGACGACGGUAGCCGAAGCCGCAGCAAUAGUGAUGAUGCAACCAGCUCCAAUCCGCGGAAUGACGGCAUGGAGCGGGACGUGUCAACGCCGAAUGACGCUCUUCACCUCGAGAGACGGGUGGGACUCGUCAGUGGGGUGGCUCUAAUUGUUGGAACAAUGAUCGGUUCGGGCAUUUUCGUUUCGCCGUCGACGCUACUGGUGAAAACCAAGUCGCCUGGUCUCUUCCUGGUCAUCUGGGCUGCCUGUGGUCUACUCUCGACACUUGGCGCCCUAUGCUACGCCGAAUUGGGCACGCUCAUCCCGAAAAGCGGCGGCGAGUACAUUUACUUUAAAGAAGCAUUCGACUCACCCCGUCAUCGCUUCUGGGGUCCAGUCAUGUCUUUCCUAUUCGCCUGGGUAUCGGUGAUCCUCCUGAGGACAUCUUCCAUGGCCAUCAUAUCCUUGGCAUUUGCUGAAUACUCGAUCGCUCCUCUGAUGAGUACACUGCAAUUUUGCUGGCCGGACGACUCCAAAUAUACGCUGACACGUUUGCUAGCUGCACUCUGCAUUUGCCUGAUAACUUUUAUCAACUGUUUCAGUGUUAAGCUGGCUACCAAAGUACAGAAUAUCUUUACGGCAGCCAAACUGGUGGCCAUCGCCAUCAUCAUCGCCGGUGGUCUCUACAUGAUCGGCAUAGGCAAUACCCAGUACCUGAGCCAGGGAUUUGAAGGUUCAACUACAUCUUUCGGUGACAUCGCCACUGCCUUCUACAGUGGUCUCUGGGCGUACGACGGAUGGAACAACCUGAACUACGUCACUGAAGAACUGAAGAAUCCCUUUGUGAAUCUUCCUCGAUCCAUCAUGAUUGGAAUUCCUCUGACUACCGCCUGCUACGUCUUGGUCAACGUGGCAUACCUGGCCGUCCUGUCGCCAACGGAGAUGAUGCAGUCCGAAGCCGUCGCCGUGGAUUGGGGCAAUCGACUCUUGGGUCCCAUGGCGUUCUUGAUGCCUUUAGGUGUUGUCUUGUCCACAUUCGGCGCUGGCAACGGAAGUCUCUUCACAGCCGGAAGGUUGUGCUACGUGGCGAGUCGAGAAGGGCAUCUAGUCGACGUCCUUUCUUAUGUUCACAUCCGUCGGUUGACUCCAUCUCCUGCGCUCCUUUUCAAUAGCGCCGUUGCGCUCAUGAUGAUCAUCCCAGGAGAUAUCGCCAGCCUAAUUGACUUUUUCAGCUUCACGGCAUGGAUUUUUUACGGAGCCGCCAUGCUCGCAUUGAUCGUCAUGAGGUUCACCAAAAAGGACGCACCCAGGCCUUACAAGGUACCGAUUAUCAUUCCUGUCAUCGUGCUAAUCAUUUCCGUUUACCUGGUCAUUGGGCCAAUCGUGGACAAUCCGAAAAUCGAGUAUUUGUACGCUACCUUGUUCAUUCUGGCUGGAUUCCUUCUCUACGUACCUUUCGUUUAUUAUAAGAAAGUGUUGCCCGGAAUGAGUUAUGUUACAACAUUCUUGCAGUUAUUGCUGGAAGUGGCUCCGUCAACGUCUAUGGCGGAAGACUAACGUGUUACCGCAACGAUCAAGUAAGCGAUGACAAACCGAAAAAUGUCCGUGUAUAGGUCAACCACUUUAGGUGGCGGUAUUAUUACGUGUACAUUAUUGUUACUCCCGGCCAUGUGUUAAAACCUUGUGUUGGUACGAUGAUUGCCAUGCAAUCUACAUAUUAAAAAAUGGUCGUCUUUCCCUUCUCCUCAGUCAUCCCUUUUUUCAUAAUUGGUAUCAUGCUGAAACGAUGAGCUUGAGGAGAUUUUACAAUUUGAUCGAAAUUUACCAAAAGACACAAAGUUUGUAUUGUUAAUUUAGAAUGUUUUUUUUUUUGCAUAUACACAAAAACCAUAGUACUAUUACUUUUCUAGAUCGUUCAAUUUCUCCCCAAUGUGGCGAGAUUAUUUCAAAACAGGGAUUCGUUAAUUAGACUUUCUUAAAAGUUUUUAUCCCGCAGCUUCCGUGUACUAAAAACAUCAAAGUCACUGAAUUGUAAACUUCAGCGUUUAGUGACUGUGAAAUUUUGUACAGCAUGCAUACCGAAAAGUAAAAUACACAAGUGCCAAUCACGAA